AGGCUGGCAUGAGGCUGGCAUGAGAAAUUGUAACGAAUCAAGUAGCAGAGACUGAAACCACCAGUCACUGGAGGGGGGAUCACUUCUACGAGAAGACGAAGAUAACUUUUAAAUCAGAAAGACUCAAUGGGAACAUGGAGGGUUUUGUUCUCCUGCAGGUGCUCCAGAACCGGUUUUACUCCAGGUUUAGGCAUAUGGGACACCAGCAGGUGAAGAUAUUCAUCUCCCCCAACAUAGACCUAGAAACAAAAGCAAAAAUGGAUGUUGUAUGUGGGGGACUAUCAAAGCAGGAACCUGCAACACCUGAAAUCCAAAAGAUUUGUGAUAAGAUUAAGUGGCAAGUAGAGAAGAAGACCGGAAAUAAAUUUCCAACCUAUACUGCGGAAUUCUACAGGAUGCAGGUUGUGGCCGGUACAAACUACUACAUUAAGGUCUAUGUUGGGUUAGAAGACCAUCUUCACCUGAAGGUGUUUGAGGAGCUGCCUUGCAAUGGAGGACAACUGGAACUGACGAGCCUGCAGGAGAACAUAUACCACCAUGCUCCCAUUGAACCUUUCUGAUUUAAAAGUGAUCUACGUCUUCAAGUAGACCUGAUUCCCUCCAGUCACUGGUUGUUUCAGUCUUUGUUACUUGAUUUGUUACAAUUUUAAAUCUGGGAACAUGUUUUCAUCCUAAUUUGUCGAUGCAGAAAUUUGUCAUAUUCAAACAUGAUUGUGUGUGUGUAAUCAUAUUAGCAGUUAGAUUGUAUGACAACAGUUUCUUUUUUAACAUGGCCAAUAAAAUAAAUGAAAGAACAUUA